GCAGCACCAUCCCUUGCAUUGAAGAUCGCUUCAAUAUAAAAUCUACCUGCCGUACUUCCCAGCAAACAGACAUCCCCAUGGGCUCGAAUGAUCUCUUUUCAGUUUAUUGCAUUCAAGGCUCCUUACAUUGUUGUUGUUGUACCGGCUACUAUACACAAGGCGCUUCGUGUUAUUUGCUCCGAUGGAUAGCGAAGUUGAAGCAGGCGUCGUGUCGAAGGACGCUCAAGUCCAGAUAGUGUCUACCAGGCCUAUCAUAACCCCUACCGUGGUUGCAAAUGGCAUGUCUACGACACGGAAACUGUUCAUCUCCACGACCGUUAUUCUACUGAACUUCAAUGUUACGCUGGGCUCGUCCCUCCCCAGCGGCGCUGGACCUGCAUUGAACGCCCACUUUGGGGUAACCUCUGAGCUUCAGAAGCCGUUACCCGUGGCGGUCUUUCUCGUCGGAUAUAUUUUCGGCCCUAUCGUAUUUGCGCCACUCUCCGAGUCCUGGGGUCGUCGUCCAGUCUUCUUAGUCUCUUUCGCCAUAUACACGGCAUUUACUCUGGGAUGUGCUCUAGCGCCUAACUGGGAAGUAUUUUUAUUCUUCCGUUUUAUGUUGGGAUGCGGUGCAGCAGCACCACAGACGGUCUCAGGGGGGCUCUUCUGCGACAUCUACCCGGAUCUCGGGCCACGUGGUAUGGCCAUGACGAUGCUAGGCCUCACAAGCAAUGUUGGACCACUGGUAGGGCCAAUAAUCUCCGGGUUUACCUCUACGAGAGUCUGGCAGUGGCAGUUUUGGUGCGCGCUGAUACUUGCGGGAGUUAAUUGGCCCAUGCUAUUACUUAUGCCGGAGACACUAGCACCGGUUCUGCAGGCUCGCGCUAUCAAGGAUACCACCAGGUCAGAGAAGCCACCUUUCAUCCUAUGGAAGCAGGUGAGAGUGAUUGCCCGUCCCAUUCGUAUUCUCUCCGAGCCACUCGUGUUCUUCACCGACCUGUUUAUCCUCUACCAAUACGUCAUCUUCUUUCUCUACUUCGGCAUGUACCCAGUCAUAUUUCGUGGCACAUACAACAUGUCCGAUGGCGUCUCUGCCCUGAUGUUCAUCCCCACCGGCAUCGGUGCAGUAAUCGCGAUUGGCAUCUUUGUGGCUUGGGACAGGUUCCAUCGAAAAAGCGUCAAAGAAGGCAAGGCGUGGGCCCUGCAAGAGGAGUACCGACGCCUCCCGCUCGCAUGUCUCGGGGGUCCUCUGUUUGCUAUCUCCGAGUUCUGGCUGGGCUGGGCGGCUCGGCCAAAUAUCCAUUGGGCCGUUCCAGCCCUGUCCGGUAUCCCGCUGGGCGUGGGCAUCGACCUUACCUUUUUGGCGCUCAACAACUAUCUCACAGACGCGUACGACAUAUACAGUGCAUCAGCUCUGGCGUCAAGCGUCUUCACGCGCAACAUCCUCGCCGCGAUCCUCAUCCCGCUCACGACGUACCCGUUGUAUGAGAACCUAGGUACCAACUGGGCCUGCACGUUGCUGGGGUGCUUGUGCCUUGCUUUGACGCCAAUCCCGUUUGCGUUCAUCCGGUGGGGGCCAGCUUUGAGGAGGCGCAGCUCCUUCUGCCAGAAGCUGGCACGUAUGCGAGAAACCGACGAGGGCGCCAUUCCGAUUUGACAAGGUUGAUGGUGGCGUUUUCUUGGAGAUCUGAUCUGAUCAUACUGUAUACGUACAAGUCAUGCACAGCGGCAUCUGGCAUACUAGCGUCGUUGGUGAGCCGACGGA